UAUUAUUUUCUAUUUUUUUCUACCAGACGGCAGUAUUAUUUCUCCUGUGCUGAAGACCUUGCAUUGAAGAUUGGACUUAGCAUCGUCUGAGAAAGUUGGAUCAGCUAUUUUGAGUCUAGAACUCGUUCUGAAGGCAUAAACUGUCGAAAAACCGCGUCAAACUUUGUAAAAGAAGGAGGAACACAAGAAAAAAAGAGAGAUAUAUAUAUAUAGAAAGAGAGACGGAGAGAGAAACAACAAUAGUGCAAGGAAGAACAUUCUAAAAGGUGUGUUCAACUGAGAAAGGUGCGUUCAAUAGGAGAAAGUUCCUUCAUCAGAGAAAGGUCGAUUCAAUUAGAGAAAGAGUUUCAACAGUAAAAGUUCGGUGUAGAAGCCUACAGUGCAUUCAGUUGCAGAGGAUGGGUUCAAUAGAAUAAGGGAUGCUCAACUUUAGAAAGUGUGUUCAUUAGUGCAAAGUGUGGAUUUUUUAACAGAAGAAGACAGUGGAAAGUGUGUUCAGUAUAAGCUGUGUUCAAAGGUACAGAGGGUGUUCAAUAGUAGAAAACGCGUUCAAUAUCAGAAGACAGAAGGAGUGUUCAAUAUCUAUAAAAGAAGACAUCGCACGGUGCGUCCGAAACAAGAAGGUGUGUGCAAUAGAAGAAAGCAGUGUGUUCUAAUCGAGAACGCGUGUUGUGUUUUAUAAUACAAGACGGUGUGCCUAAUAUAUAUUUAAAAAAGUGUGUUCAUUUACAGAAAAGAAUCGCAUUCAACAUCAACCUGCGUGGCAAAGAUGGCAUCGUAUACAUCUCUCAACACCAGCAGCGUGAGCGAGUCUUUAGGUCAAUGCACGCGAUUAUGCGUCCAGCUGUGUAUCAGAGGCCGUUUAUCUUCCCCACCUAACAUGUCUCGCUCUCAAUAUCUAAUGGAGUGUGUUAUGGUCCUGUGUUCCAUCGCAUACGGGCCGAAUGAUACGCUUUCGUUAAUCGAAUCGGAACAGGCACUGAUGGCAUCCAACGAAUCUGCGAUCUUGCCAGCAGAUACCAUGGAGUGCAAUACAGAGGAUAGGGCGAUACGGCUCAAAGACGAUUUCCCCAAAGAAUACUCCGUCCCCAUCAACGGCUACGCCUCCCCAGUCCUCAUCUUCCUCACUGUCAUCAACAACCUCCUCGUCUGCAUCGUCCUCCUCAAACCGCACAUGCGCAGUCCCACCAACGCCAUCUUGGUUGCCAUGGCGCUCUCGGAUAUGUUCACCGGCAUCUUCCCGGCCCCGAUGUUCAUCCACUUCUUCGCCACGGAAAGGUUUGACGAGUGGAUGCCCUACGAAUGGUGCUUCCCGUUCCGCGUUUUGCACCAGUAUAUCCCCACCAUCUUCCACACGGCUUCCAUCUGGCUCACCAUGGCGCUGGCGGUGCAGCGGUACAUCUACGUCUGCCACUCCUUCAAAGCCCGCACGUGGUGCACGGUGGACAACGUCGUCAAGGGAACGAUUGCCAUCUACGUGGUGGCGACCUUGACCCACUUCACGCGGUUCUUCGUGGAGUACCCCGUGGAGACGUCACGGCCGUCCAUCCUGAACCCCAACGUGAGUGUGUCAGCGUGCGUGAUGAAGUACCGACCCUGGGCGAUGCGGAAUCUGAACGUUUACUUUAACAUCUACUACUGGUUCCGCGUCAUCUUUAUCCAUCUCGUCCCCUGCGUCUCUCUUGUCGUCAUGAACGCGUUGCUUAUUUACACCAUGCGCGUUGCUAGGCGACGUCGCAUGCAGCUGCUACGUCAGAACAAGAAGACGGAGAGUAGGAAGCUAAAGGAGUCUAACUGCACAACGCUGAUGCUGGUAGCUGUAGUUGGUCUGUUCUUGCUGGUGGAGUUCCCUCUAGGUCUCUUGAUGGUUUUCCUCAUCAUAGACCAGACCUUCCAUGUGGCGGUCAUGAGGAAAGACUUGAUGCCUACGUUAAGCCUAUUUUCCAACUUCUUCAUACUGCUCAGCUAUCCGCUCAACUUUUUCAUCUACUGCGGAAUGAGCAAACAGUUUCGGGAAACCUUCAAACGGCUUUUCACCGGAGCGGACAUGCCCGUGGAACGAGAGUAUUCACAGUACAUGACGUUACCGACAGAAAACGGAAAAAGUACGGCCGUUACGGGUGACGAAACGGCGUUAUGACGUCAUCUAUUUAUGAAUACAAAAACGUCGAAGACUUGAACCAUGGUGGUCGAAACGGAAGUGAAACACGUUACGACUCACCGAGACUCGAACGUGGCAAGUCGACCUGCUUACAGUGAGCCCUCUACAGCCUUGAUAAGUUGACCACCAUCACUACCACAACGGCCACCGCCACCGCCUCCAAUGACAGCAUCGUAGUAACAACAAAAACAACAACCACAUCAACAACAACAACAACAACAAUAGCCACAAUAAGAGCAGCAACCAAGCAACUAACUACAACUACUACUUCUACUACUACUACUACUACUACAACAACAACAACAACAACAACAACAACAACAACAACAAUAACAACAACGACAAUAAUAACAGUAACAACCAUAGCAAGAGCAACAUUAGGAAUACCCAAAACCAGAAAAAGCAACAAAAGCAACAGCAACAACAACAACAACAACAACAGCAACAACAACAACGGAAUUAACAGCAACAAUAACUGCUACUACUUCUGCGACUACUACAA